CUCAACUCCAAAUCAACAACUUCAGCCUCUACUCAUUCUGCUCAUACGAAGCAUUUUUCUUUCGCCAUGUCUAUCAAAUACGUCACACAAGGCCUUCCGGCCGCCCCAGAAAUUUCCAUCAAGACCGUUCAUAUGUCAGGUUUGCGUGUCGAUGUCUAUGGUCUUGAUGAACUUCCUCCCAAUGUCCCCGUUUCAUGCCUAUGGCUUCUGCACCCUCGUACCAGAUCUCGAGACACCAUGAAUGAUAUUGCGAGACGCACCAUAGGAGCAUGGGGCGCGCAUGCUGGUAGCAACUCCAAGCGUGGCCUCAUCGCCUUGGCAUUUGAUAUGCCCAACCACGGAACUAGAAUAGUUAGCAUAUCAGCGAACCAUCCUUGGAGUAAGGGAAAUCCGACACAUGCGCUUGACAUGUUUGCCAUGGUAAAGGGAGGCGUAUCAGAUAUGAGUGGUCUUAUGGACCUUGUUUCGGGGUAUCUUGGUCUUGAAAUUGAUGGCCAUGUGUGCCUUGGCUGGAGUCUAGGUGGACAUGGUGCCUGGCAGGCCUUCUUUGGGGAGAAGAGGAUUGAUGCGGCUGUAGUGAUUAUUGGGUGUCCUGAUUUCGCAGGACUUAUGUCUGGUCGCGCUGCUGGAUCGAAACUCGACUGCGGCGCUGAUUUUAUCGGAAGCAAAUACUUCCCCAAGGAUCUUAUCGAGAUUUGUAGCAAACACGACCCCAAGGCUAUUUGCUUCGGUACUGCGCCCAUCCCAUCUUCACUUUCCUCUGCCGAGCAGACUCGCCUGAGGGCUAUCCUGGAUGAGCGCGUUAAAGGCAAGAAGCUACUCCUCUGCUCGGGCGGCGACGAUGAGUUGGUUCCAUACGCAAACACUAAGGAAUUUUCGACGUUAUUGAAGGAAGCCGUGGGUGAAAAGGGCUGGUAUCGCGAUGGUGGCUUGGAGGUGGACGAUAGAGUAUAUGAGGGUAUUGGACAUAAGUUCAGUCCCAAGAUGGUGGAGGAUGCUGUGCAGUUCUUGGUUAAUGCCGUGGAAAAGGGGCCGAGAGGCAAGGCACAUGUUAGGGAGGGGGAGAAGAGUGUUCUGUAGAUUUGUGGUAUAGAUAUAGACACCAUAGAGAUCACCAGGGCCUAGCUUGCUCCUCGUCCAUGACUUCGCUCCCGUUUUCCAUCUUGAGGACUAGACCACCGCGAUCGCCAUCUUCACUUGAAAACACACCUUGCCAAACCCCCCAAGGGUUCCUCUUCACUCUUUUCCCAGCAAGACUCUCCCCUCGUCCAUGGGGAUCAUCCCCCCACUCCCCCAUCGCCAACGCAGCGCCCUUCAUCGCCUCUUCUUUAUCUUGAUCUUUCGAAGAUGCUGCCAUCCCGGGAGGAUCUAUACCAAUGAAUGUGACUCGGUCGAGAGGGAAGCCAAUAGCUGCGCAGUGCCCAUCGACAAGUCUCUCUUUCUUAAAACCAUGACUUACGAUGGUGAUGUGAGCUGGCCAUCUUUUGUAGUGGGAAUAGAAGAGUGUUAGGGAGAAGAGGACGUUGUGGUACGAAUCAAGCGCGCGCUCUUCUAAUAGCACUGCAUCGUUGAUGUCUUCAUCCUGUAACAGUCCCCAAUAGUUGUUCUUGGCUGCGAUGCUUUUGUAGCCAGCUGCUUCGGAAAUUCUUGACUCUUUGCGCGUCGGUC